CAGAGGCGAUUGAGAGAGAGCCGGAGGAGGAGGAGGCUGCUUCUUCUCGCCCUUGUGGACGGGGCUGGCUCGGAUCCUGCGACCCCCGGCUCUGCCCCAUGGGAGGGCUCCCCUAGGCGCCCCCCCGGCCCUCCUCACGGGGAAGGGGGGGCCCAAGAGGGGGCCGAGGGGGGCGCUUCCUUGGCUCGUCCUGCUGCCCAACUUCUCCCUCUCUCUCUAUGGAGUUGUGGCGAUCCCGGGGCGCCUUUGCCCUCUCCUGCGUGGUCCUGGUGGUGCUGGGUGUGGGUCCCACCCUAGCCCACCCCCAGCCCUGCCACAUCCUGUCCCGGGUGGGACACACCGUGAGGCUGGGGGCGCUCCUGCCCCCCGGGAAGAAGGUCCCAUCGUCCAGCUCUGUGCGCAACGCCUUGGCACAUGCUGCCCGAGCCUCUGCCUGGGUUCUGCCCUACAACCUGAGCCUGGAGGUGGUCCCCGGGGCCCCACAAGACCGCGACCCGGCUUCCUUGGCCCGGUGGCUGUGCCAGGCUCUGGUGGUGCGCGGGGUGGCCGCCGUCCUGGCCUUCCCAGCAUCCCGGAGGGAGAUGCUCCAGCUCGACGCCGCCGCUGCCUUCCUGGAGAUCCCCUUCCUCAGCCUGGCCGGGAAGACCUUCCUCCAGGAAGACCAAGAAGAAGAAGAGGAGGAGGAAGAGGAGACCCCCAUGCCCUUCAGAAGCUGGAACCCUUUCCACCUCCACAUGGACCGCCGCGUUGACUUCGAGACCCUCUUGGACCUCUUGGCCAACGUCUUCCGGGCCAACAACUGGCACGACGUGACCCUCAUCCUCUGCCGCGCUUGGGACGGCCCGGCUUUUGUGGACCUCUGGACCGGCCGCGCCGGCUUGGAGAGGACCGCGGUGGUGGACCUCACUCUGUGGGAGGAGGAGGCCGAGAGGGCCCGCUACCUCCGGCGGCACUUGGAGGAGUACCGCGAGCUCCCGGGUCCGGCCUUGCUGUUCGGUUGCGACGCCCGGCUCUCCCGGAUGGUCUUCCGGACGGCCAAGGAGUUGGGGGUCACUCAGGAGUUCCACUGGGUGAUGGGUCAACCCCAGAACGUGGCCGAGCUCCAGACGGAAGGACUGCCACUCGGUUUGUUGGCCUUCGGGGAGGUGGACCGACCACCACUGGAGCAUCUGGUCCAGGACACCGUGGAGUUGGUGGCCCGGGCCAUCGCCAGCGCCGUCGCUCUCCGACCCGACCUGGCUCUCAUCCAGAGCAUGAUGAACUGCAAUGACAAGCACCUCGAGGGCUCCGAGUCGUCGGGACGCUACCUCUCCCACUUCCUGGCCAAGACCUCCUUCCAGGGCCGGACGGGGAAGGUCUGCGUCCACAACAAGACCCGCCUCCAGACGGAGCGGCACUACAAGGUGUGGAGCCUGCUGCGGGACCCGGUGGGGCAGCCCACGUGGGUGACGGUGGGCAGCUGGACGGGCGGCCCGGUGGAGGUGGAGGAGGGCUCCUGGACACAGCACCUGCACCGCAAGAGCCAGGCCCAGCCCGCCGGGACCUCCCGCAUGAGGCUCCGGGUGGUCACGCUGGUGGAGCACCCCUUCGUCUUCACCCGGGAGGUGGACGAGGAGGGCAACUGUCCGGCGGGCCAGCUGUGCCUGGACCCGGGCACCAACGACUCGGCGGUGCUGGACGGCCUCUUCGAGGAGCUCGCCUCGGAGAACGGGUCGGUGCCGUCCGAGCUCCGCAAGUGCUGCUACGGCUACUGCGUGGACCUUCUGGAGAAGCUGGCCGAGGACCUGCCCUUCGACUUCGAGCUCUACAUCGUGGGCGACGGGAAGUACGGGGCCUGGAAGGGCGGCCGCUGGACGGGCCUGGUGGGCGACCUGCUGAGCGGCGCGGCCCACAUGGCGGUCACCUCCUUCUCCAUCAACUCGGCCCGCAGCCAGGUCAUCGACUUCACCAGCCCCUUCUUCUCCACCAGCCUGGGCAUCCUGGUGCGCAUCCGGGACACGGCCUCGCCCAUCGGGGCCUUCAUGUGGCCGCUGCACUGGACCAUGUGGGUGGGCAUCUUCGUGGCGCUCCACAUGACGGCCCUCUUCCUCACCCUGUACGAGUGGAAGAGCCCCUACGGCAUGACCCCGCACGGGCGCAACCGCAUGAAGAUCUUCUCCUACUCCUCCGCCCUCAACCUCUGCUACGCCAUCCUCUUCGGCCGCACCGUCUCCAGCAAGACCCCCAAGUGCUGGACCGGGCGCUUCCUCAUGAACCUCUGGGCCAUCUUCUGCCUCCUGGUCCUCUCCAGCUACACCGCCAACCUGGCCGCCGUCAUGGUGGGCGAGAAGACCUUCGAGGAGCUCUCCGGGAUCCACGACCCCAAGCUCCACCAUCCUUCCCAGGGCUUCCGUUUCGGCACCGUCUGGGAGAGCAGCGCCGAGGAGUACAUCAAGAAGAGUUUCCCCGACUUGCACGAGUACAUGAGGCGGCUCAGCGUGCCGACCACCCCGGCGGGGAUUAAGAUGCUCAAGACCAACCCGCCCAAACUGAACGCCUUCAUCAUGGACAAAUCCCUGCUGGACUACGAGGUCUCGAUCGAUUCGGACUGCAAGCUGAUCACGGUGGGGAAACCGUUCGCCAUCGAAGGAUACGGGAUCGGCCUUCCCCAGAACUCGCCCCUCACGUCCAACAUCUCCGAGUUCAUCAGCCGAUACAAGUCGGCCGGCUUCAUGGACCUCCUCCACGACAAGUGGUACAAGAUGGUGCCCUGCGGCAAGCGGGUUUUCGCCGUCACCGAGACCCUGCAGAUGGGGAUCUACCACUUCUCGGGGCUCUUUGUGCUGCUCUGCAUCGGGCUCUGCGGAUCCCUCCUCACCUCCCUCGGCGAGCACGUCUUCUACCGGCUCAUCCUCCCGCGCAUCAAGCGCAAGAAGAAAUUCAACUACUGGCUCCACACCAGCCAGAAAAUCCACCGGGCUCUGAACAUGGGUUUGGAGGAGCAGAGGAUCAAGAAGCUGAACCUGGAGAAAAGGUGCAAUAUCCAGAAGAGCCAAGAGGAGCCCGAACCACCACCGCCGCCUCCGCCGAACCAGCCGGGCUGGAACAACCUCCGCCGGGCGGCCGUGAAAAAGGAGGACAAGCGGGUUCACUUCAACAUCGAGAACGUGCCGGACGAGGAAGACGAGGAGGGCGAGGAGCAGCGAGAGGCGCCCGUCUGGCACUGCAUGAACGGCCAGGACCCGCAGCAGGACGACAAGGAGGCCAAGGAGAAGGAGCUCAAGGAGCUCGAGGGGAGGAUCGAGGACAUGCGCGAGCAGCUGCGGGCGGCGCUGGUGCGCAAGAGCGAGCUGAUGGUGGCCCUGGGACCGCCCCCCAAGGCCCCCCGGCUGCCCCCGGCCCUCAAGGCGCUGAUCAAAGCGAGCAACGAGGACAGGUGAGGGGGUCGGGUGGCCUCGCCACGGCGGACCCGGGAGCCCCCCCGUCGGAUACAACGCUCCGUCCGAAGCGACUUGUGGGCUCCCCUGCUGCGUUCCAGCGCAAUAACGCAAUUGUGAUUACGAAUAGGAGCAGCUGCGUUACAGCGCA